AAUUUGCAAACCGGAAAUCAAUUAGGGCAGUUCACUGGUGCCGGCUGUUAUAUAUGAGAGAGCGCCUUGUACAAAACCGCUCUAAUUCCUUGCUUAUCCGAAUCUUCUAGGGUUUCCAAGGAUCUAACCCCAACAGUCACACAAAGAUGGACAUGUACGAGCGAGUUGCGAAGCCGAAGGAUGAGACUCCGAUUGCUGAGAACGAGAUUCGUAUCACCAGUACCGGUAGGGCGCGAAACUGCAUCACCUAUGCGAUGGCUCUUCUUCAGGAGAAAGGAUCGGAUGAAGUUAUUUUCAAGGCAAUGGGAAGAGCAAUCAACAAGACUGUGAACAUUGUUGAGUUGAUUAAGAGAAGAGUUGCUGGUCUUCACCAGCACACGUCUAUUGGAUCCACGGACAUAACCGAUACCUGGGAACCUAAAGAGGAAGGCCUUCUUCCAAUUGAGACGACAAGGCAUGUGUCGUUGAUCACUAUAAUACUUUCGAAGAAGGAGCUGAAUACAUCCUCAGUUGGGUACCAGCCUCCGAUUCCUAUUGAGAUGGUGAAGCCAUUGGCUGAGAUUGAUUACGAAGGCAGAGAUGGAUCACCAAGAGGCAGAGCAAGAAGAGGCCGAGGAGGUGGUAGGGGAAGAGGUGGCAGAGGGGAUGGAUAUGUGAACGUUGAGUAUGAUGAUGGGGGUAUGGAACCUGAGCGGCCAUCUGGUAGAGGAAGAGGAGGGCGCGGGAGAGGUGGGGGACGUGGCGGUCGUGGAAGAGGAGGUUACAAUGGUCCUCCUCAGCCUUACUAUGAAGCUCAACAAGAUGGAGGAAGCUAUGAAAACAAUGCUCCUGCUCCACAGUAUCAUGAGUAUGAUGAUGGAGGUAUGGAGCCUGAGCGGUCAUCUGGUAGAGGAAGAGGAGGCCGCGGGAGAGGAGGAGGACGACGUGGUGGUGGUCGUGGAAGAGGAGGUUUCAAUGCUCCUCCACCAUACUAUGAAGCUCAACAACAUGGAGGAGACUAUGGAUAUAACAAUGCUCCUCAUCCUCAACAGGACUAUGGACAUGAUGCUCCUCCUCAGGGCCGUGGAGGUGGCCGUGGUGGAAGGGGAGGUCGUGGAAGAGGAGGAGGCCGUGGUGGGUUUAACAGAUCAAAUGGACCACCUAUUCAGGCAGCUGCUUAAGUGACCGUGGUCGUUUGAAUGAACUUUGUUAUUUUCCUUCAUUCUGUCUUUUGUCUUUCCAUCAAAAAGACAAGACGUUACCGUAGCAUAAUUUCUCUCUUUCAUUUUGCCUUUAGGUUAUAUAAUAUGUUCAUUUGUUUUAUGGAUAUUGCCUUUGAGAUUUCUCUAGUUUUCCAGACAGUUUUCCAGAUUUUGUCUCUGUUUUUGAGUUAUUGGAAAUUUGGUACCAUGGCAUCUA